AUGCCAAGGAGAAGGAAACAUCUUGGGGGAAGUCCAUUUCGGAAGACUGCCAAUUCCCAGGAAGUUGUUGUGUCCAGUGUUCCUAGUCAUGAGGAGCCAACCACUGCUCUUCCUUCCAUGUGUGAGAUCCAACUUGACCAGGAAGAACUCUUCAUCAAUAUUUCAGAGAUAUUUCCUGACCUGGAUCCUGAUGUAGUAUAUUUGAUGCUUUCUGAAUGUGAUUUCAAAGUUGAAAAUGCCAUGGAUUGCCUAUUAGAAUUAUCUGCCACUGAUGCCAAGAAAGAAGAAUCAUCUUCCAAAAGCUUAUUUGCUUCUGAGAACCAAGAAAGUGUAGCAGGAAGUGAUAUACUGGGAACAUGUUCUGAAAAAGAAAAUGAGGAUUCAAAAAUGUUUUCCAUUUUGGACCCGCAGCUAUCUGAAGACAGUGACUGCUUAACUCAAGAUGCUUCUGAUGGCUCAAUAUCCACGUGCUGGCCUUUGCAAGAUGUUUGUAGUUUGAGUGACCCGAGUGAGUGUGUAAAUUCAGAUUCAAGUAGUUUGACUCCCAUUCUUCCUGAACAAAAUAAGAAUUUGAACAAUGAAAUUUUAGAGCAUUCUGCCUCUACAUUAAGUUCAAGCUCCUUAACUUCACAUUCAAUUUUGAAUGUGUCCAAAAGCUUUCUAAAUGAUAACACAUUGGCAUUGGAAAAUAACUAUCUGGAAGAUUCUCUUCUCUGUAGUCCUUUAAAUGUAGCAAAUGACUCCAGCCUGGGUCAUAGCAAUCUGAAUCACAGACAGAAAGAGCUUUUAAAAGCUGAAUAUGUUGAGACUCAGUUCUCUGUAGCCUCUGUAGGUUUGGAUGACAACGAACCUCAGGCUCCUUUAAAUCUUUCAGUGCCAAAUGUAGAGCUUGAUUCACUAGAUACAGGUGGGGAUCAAAAAUCUACUUCUGCCCCUGAUAUGUUAGUACCUUCUGAAAGGUUCACUUCCAAGACACACAAACCUACUGAACCAUCACCACAGGGGAAGGAUGUGAAUUACUGCCCAGUAUUUACCUCUUUGCCUUUAAUGAUGCCUCCCUGCCCAUCUCCAUUAUUGUGGAAUCCAAUAAUUCCUACUUUUGGCCUCUUUAAAGGAAACCAUGGCUUUGUAACUCCUGUGGUAACCACAGCUGCACACUGGAGACCUGUCAACUAUGUAUUGACAUCCCCGGUUAUUUCUUAUACUUCUCGAGCCAAGGUAUGGAGAAAUAAAGAGGGAACAAGUGCUUAUCAAGCACAAGAAACUCCAAUUCCCCAGGCUGUAAGAAAGAAGAGAACAUCUUAUGUUGGACUAGUUCUUGUUCUUCUCAGAGGGCUUCCGGGAUCAGGAAAAUCCUUUUUGGCAAGGAUUUUGCAAGAAGAUAAUCGAGGUGGAAUUAUUCUUAGUACUGAUGAUUAUUUCUACAUAAAUGGACAGUACCGGUUUGAUGUGAAAUACUUAAGAGAAGCACAUGAAUGGAACCAGAAUCGUGCAAAAGAAGCAUUUGAGAAGAAAGUAUCUCCUGUAAUAAUAGAUAAUACAAACUUACAGGCAUGGGAAAUGAGGCCUUAUGUUGCUUUGUCUCAAAAACAUAAAUAUAAAGUCCUUUUCCGGGAACCAGACACAUGGUGGAAGUUUAUACCACAGGAACUUGCAAGGCGUAAUAUUCAUGGAGUAAGCAAAGAAAAAAUAACAAGAAUGUUGGAACACUAUCAGCGAUUUGUUUCAGUGCCAAUAAUCAUGAGUUCUUCGGUUCCAGAGAGAGCUGAGUGUAUUGAGUCAUGUGCACAUUCUUGUGAGGACAGAAGUACCAGCCCAAAAGACAAUGAAGAUACUACCUCCGCAAAAGAAGAAAGUGUUUUAUCCUCAUCUCUGAAGCACCUAGAGUUAACUGAAGAGAAGAAACUUGAAGGGACCGAUGAAACUGUGUUACUUGAGAAUGUUUCAUUUCCUCUUACUACUGCUAUAGACAAAGGAAAAAGAGGAACGUGUGGCAUGAACCAUAACAUUCAGUGUGCUUUCCUACAGGAAGGUCCAGAAUUGUAUUUUUCUGACUCUGAAAGCAAAGUACAAGUAAUAGACAAAGGUGAAAAAGAUGAGCAAGUAGAAAUGGCUUCUGAAAAACAAUAUAGUAUAACUGAUGUUGAUAGUUCGGUAGAGAGAGUAUCACCGAGUAUUUCCUGUCAUGAAAAUAGUCAAGAAAACUGUGGUUUUGCCUGCAGUACACCACUUCAAAAUAAUUAUUUUCUACCCAGUGAAGUACUGGAGGAAACAGCCACAGUAAAGAAAAAAGUUUAUGGGAAACAACAAAGCAAAUCAACCUUGGAGAAGUCCCCAGGGUAUGAGCUGUCACAUUUCAUUGGCGAUUGGCCAGUUGAUAAGACUAUUGGUCAGAGGACAAAAAGGAACCGAAAAACUGAAAAAACUCCAUCUGUACAAAGUGACAAAGAGUAUAAUUGCCUUCAGUCACACAGCCUACUAGGUGAUAAUAUAUCUCUGGGUAUAGAGUGUAUUCAGCUGCGAGAAUCUCUACUUGAUAGUGUAGAAAAUGACAAGAAGUCACAGUGUGAUGAUGCUUCAGCAUCCUUCAGGUACAAGUAUGAUAUUUAUACAAAUACUGAGAAAAACUUAUCGAGCUCAGUCAGCACUGUGGGUGACUGGCCUUUAUCUGAUGAUUCUUUAGCUCAGAGACCACCCAGAACAAGAUUGCUAAAGGCUCGUUUCCAUGGUCCUGAUGUAGAAUUUGGAAUUUGUGACCAUAAGAGUGAAAUGUCCUUAUAUUCAGCACAUGAGACGUGUUGGGGCACAAGUGCUGAAGAACUGAAAACACUGAGUAGCUCCGCUCUAGGUAGCUCUGAAACACUGACCAGUGAGAUGAGCUGGGAGAGUGCGAUUUGUCUAAGUGAAAAGAAUCAUGGGCAACAUGCACUGUGUCUGUCUUUCACCAACAAUGUGCCUGUUGCUCCUGGAGUAGCGGAGCCACAUGUAGCUGAGUUUCCAGAGGGGAACUCCGAAAGCACCCCUGGAAUAGAAAUAGGCAUGUGUACCCAGACUGAGCCAAAGGAUUUUGCUCUCUUAUGGAAAAUAGAAAAGAAUAAAAUUAGUGUUUCGGAAUCUGUCAGAGUAUUAACAGGAAGACUAGAUGGAUUUAAACCAGAAGCCUUCACUAUUAACACAAAAUCAGACGUUCAAGAAACAAUUCCAUAUAGAGUAACACAUGAUAAAAGCACGUAUGUUGAAGAAUGUGAGCUUACCAGUGCUGAUGAAUCUGAAAAUCUUAAUAUUCUUUGUAAAAUAUUUGGAUCCUUUUCAUCAGAAGCCCUAAAAGACUUAUAUGAGAGGUGUAACAAGGAUAUUAUUUGGGCCACAAGUCUUUUGUUAGAUUCCGAAACUAACUUAUGUGAGGAUACUGCCGUCGAUGAUUUCCAAACAUCGAAUGAUGGAUCACAAACUGGGCCCUCUUCUCUAGGAUUGGACUUGAAGGAAAUUAUUAGCCCAGGCAAGACUGUAGAGGGUUGUAAUUCUCCUGUGCCAGAAUUUAGGCAUGGAACUGCUAUGGGUCACUCUAAUGAGUAUCCAACCUGUGAUGGGGAAUUGGGAGGAAACUCAGAGCAGGCUUCCACUGCUUAUACUGUUGUAGAUCUAGAUGCUACUGAACCACUGCUGCUUAGUCAGCAAGAGUUUUCAGGGUUACAUGACAUUAAGUGGUCUCUUGCAGACACUCUUAAAGCUACUACCUCUAAAGAUGUGAGUAAAAUGGAAAAAAGUUUAGUAGCCACAGAGGUUGGAGACAGUAUACAUUCCUCUUUGAAUUUGUCUGAUAUUUUAAACUCUGUAUCGAGCACUUCAAAUCUUGAAUUAAAUGAAGAAAUUUAUUUUACUGACCCUUUUGAGGUAAAGAAAAAUGAAAAUCUUUCAAAGGAUUAUGUGGAAUUUCAGAUAAACACAGAAGAAGAAUUUAUGGAUGAAGAUGUGCAGGAAAUGGAGAAAAUGCUAAUGGCAGGGAAUAGUUUGUCAGCUGGAGUUAGUGAAGAAGAUAGAACUGAGAUGUUGAAUCCCACUCCAGUGAUGGCCAGAUCUCUGACCAUAGACUGUCUGGAAUUGGCAUUACCCCCUGAGCUGGCUUUUCAGCUCAUUGAGUUAUUUGGCCCUGUCGGUAUUGAUUCAGAGUCUCUAACAGUUGAGGAUUGGGUGGUUCAUAUAGACCUGACUCUGGCUAAAGAGAUUCAUGAGAAAUGGAAAGAAUCUGUAAUGGAGAGACAACGACAAGAAGAACUGUCUUGUGGCAGGCUUAUGCAAGAUCCUUCUUUGAGUGACCAUAUUGAUUUUGUUAAUCCUGAACAAAAAUCAUCUCAGACAUCAGACAAAAAAUUACUGAAGACUUCAGCAUCGUCUGAAAUGCUACCCUUAUUGGAUCAUUGGAAUGCGCAAAGUAAAAAAGUGUCACUUAGAGAAAUAAUGUCAGAAGAAAUUGCCAUACAGGAAAAGGAGAAUUUGAAAAAGGAGUCUCUUAUGUUUGGAAAAGAUUUUGCCACCAAAUUGAAGGAGAAGCAACUUUUCAAGAUAUUUCCAACCAUUAACCGAAAUUUUCUGGUGGACAUUUUCCAGGACCACAACUAUUGUUUGGAACAAACUGUGCAAUUUCUAAACUGUGUUCUUGAAGGAGACCCUGUAAAAACAGUUGUAGCACAAGAGUUUGUUUACCAAAACGAGAAUGUCACCUCUCAUGCUGCACAGAAGUCUAAAGAAAGAAAGACAAAGAAAUCCAAAGAGACUGAAGAUAUACCAAGUGAAGUGUCUUCUCCGGACUUUGUAUACCCAGCAUAUGAUGACUACAGGGCGGAGGCUUUCUUGCACCAACAGAAGAGGAUAGAAUGCUACACCAAAGCAAAAGAAGCAUAUCAAAUGGGGAAAAAAAAUGUUGCUACUUUUUAUGCCCAGCAGGGUGGUCUUCAUGAGCGGAAGAUGAAAGAAGCCAAUCAUCUCGCAGCUGUGGAUAUCUUUGAGACAGUCAAUGCCUCCCUGCUGCCGCAGAAUGUGUUGGACCUCCACGGGCUGCAUGUAGACGAAGCUAUAGCACAUCUGGUGACAGUUUUACAGCAGAAAACUGAAGAAUUUAGGCAGAAUGGUGGUAAGCCUUAUCUCUCUGUGAUUACCGGGCGGGGAAACCACAGCCAGGGAGGCCUUGCUCGCAUCAAACCAGCUGUCAUUAAAUACCUCACAAGUCAUAACUUCAGGUUCUCUGAAAUUAAACCAGGGUGCUUGAAAGUCAUACUAAAGUAA